AUGUCACUCACGACCACGCUUCAGUUACCUGAUGACUUGCAAGGGCAAUUCAAAAUAGAAAGCAAUGCUUUACACUUACCUGAGGCGCAUAGCUUAGAAAUUAAACUUCAGAAAAACAUCAACGAUUUACAAUCUUGGACUGAUCUUUUCAAUUGUUAUGACAUUUGGCUAUCGAAUAGAAGCAAGACCGAGCAAGGAAAGGAUUUGAAGGAUUUGAUUUCUGCAGACCAGAAAAGGAGGAUCAGCAACACUUAUCAAGCUGCCACGUCCAGGUUCAUAAACUGGGAGGAAUGUUGGAAGCGAUGGCUGGCGACUGAAUUUAAAUUAAAUGGAAUUGAUGCAUCUAUAGAAGUACUACAAAAAGCAGUAGAAACUUUCCCCACCUCAAUAGUAUUAUGGACUGAUUACCUUGCUGCUAUCAAGAGUGGCAUUGCUAACAGCACCAUUGAUACUACCGCAAAUACUACCGCAAAUACUGCUGCAAAUACCGCUGCAAAUACCGCCACCAGCACUACAAUGACUUCGAACUCAACUUCGGCUUCGAAUCCCACUACUAUUAAUACUACUACCACUUCGACACCUGCCAUCACCACGCAAAGCGAUGAUGUAAAUAGAUUUCGAUUCUUAUACAAGGAGGCAUUGAAGUAUAAUGGUUACAACUUCAACUCAAGCUCUUUAUGGGAUAUAAGUAUAGAGUUUGAAUCAUCUCUACUGCAAAACUCCGAUGAGUUGAGGGAUCUAUAUCUCCAAGUAUUGAGCAUCCCGCUUUACCAAUAUGCUCAUUACUACACCCAGUUUUCAGAAAUUAGUAAGAAUUUCGAUAUUCACAAUUUACUACCAGAAAGUGCUUUAUUGGAUUAUAUUGAGAAAUUUGGGAAAGCUAGAGUUGAAGACUUGUCUUUACUUGAAAAACAUCAGAUUAUUGAUGAUUAUUUUGCAAUAGUGUUUACUUCUACCCAGGCCAAAGUAACUGCUGCCUGGGAAUAUGAGCAAAACUUAUUACAUCAAGAAUUUUCACAUAAAAGAGCAGAAAUUGAUGAAGAAAAAGAUAAAGUUUGGUUUCCAUACAUCGAGAAAGAGGUUACAAAUUAUCGAGCUUCGCCGACUAUUGAGAAGUACAAGCUUGUUGUUAAUUUGUUUGAACGAGCAUUGAUUCCAAACUGCUUUGAUGUUAAUCUUUGGUCCAAAUACAUAUCAUUUGUUGCAUCAACAUCAUCAACAUCAUCAACAUCAUCAACAUCAUCAACAUCAUCAACAUCAUCAACACCAUUGCCAUCUUCAAAUUCACCACUGAUCUCUGGCUCUAGCUCUUUAACUGUUUUGGAAAACUUUCAUACCCAGCAAAGGAUAUACACACGAGCAAAUUCGAGAUUUGUACCUUUGGAUCAAAAUGAACUUCGAUUAGAAUACGUACAGUUUUUGCUACUGAACGAUAAGCCUAACCUUGCAAAUGAAUUUUUAUUUGAUUGGAUGAAGGUUUUUAGCGGCAAUUCAAGAGUCUACCAUAAAUCAUCUUAUUUGUUAAUGUGUCAGCAGAUUCUAAAUUUAUGGGAAAAGCUCAUCACACCUUUCAAGUAUAAAAAGAUUCUAGAAACUCUUGUUGAACUGUUUUUCAAAUUGCAAAACAAAUUGAACCAAAAAAAUGUUGAUGACGAGAAAGUGGGAGAUCCAGAACAAGUUAAAAACAUUGAUCCUCAGUUUGAAUUAAAGCAAGAUCAUGUUCUGUUGCUCGCCAAAUUUUUGAAUGACGACUCUAUUGCAAUGGUAGUUUUAAGACUUUUAUAUUUUUACAGAAAUAGUGGCAGUGUUGGAGAUGAAGAUAACGAUGACGAGGAGGAAAAAAACAAUGUUGACAAUAUUCGUCUACUAUUCAACAAUAUUUAUAAAGCAAAAAGUAUGCUAAGAUCCACGAAAUUCUGGAAUUUCAUGUUUGAAUACGAGGGAUGUUUCAAGAGUAAUUUAGCUAAUUUGAAACAAAUUUAUGACUUUGUUAUCACGGAAACUCAACUCCCAAAAGUUGCACUAGACGCAUUUACAGAUUGGUAUUACGAUAUUGCAGCAGCCAAUGUCAACAAGUUUCUUUUGUUGAAUAAGGAUAGGUCAGAUGAUACUAUGAUCAAAAAGAAUUUACAUCAAUCCAAUUCAGUUUUCUACAAUAAAACCAUUCGAAAACGUUACUUGAAGCAAAAUUAUCUUGCCAAUUUAAUGAAUACAACCGAAGUCGAAAAUGAGCAUGGUGUGUUGUCGCAGUAUGCUAAAUAUGCUGGUCAUCCUGGUAUUGUACCAAGGGACAAUAUUGAUGGAAAGGAAGACCCAGAAAUUAUUAAUAAAAUCUCAGACGGAAAGGGCUAUAUCGAUUUAACCAAAAAAGAUAUUGCAAUACCCGCAUACCCAAUUUUUAAAAAUGCCGAAAAUGCAUCUUUGGCACCAACUGGAAAGCAAAUAUUAAGAAAGAAGCAAAAACGUAUGUAA